CCUCGGAAAGAUGGCGUCCUCGGAGCAGGCAGAGCAGCCGAGCCAGCCAAGCUCUACUCCAGGAGGUGAAAAUGUGGUGCCUCGAGAGCCUCUGAUUGCCACAGCAGUGAAGUUUCUACAGAAUUCCCGAGUCCGUCAGAGCCCGCUUGCGACCAAGAGAGCGUUCCUUAAGAAGAAAGGGCUGACAGAUGAAGAGAUCGAUUUGGCUUUCCAGCAGUCGGGCACGGCUGCCGAGGAGCCUCCGUCCUUGGGGCCGGGCACACAGGUGGUUCCCGUCCAGCCCCCUCACCUCAUUUCUCAGCCGUACAGCCCUGUGGGGUCCCGAUGGAGGGACUACGGCGCCUUGGCUGUCAUCACGGCAGGCAUUGCGUUUGGCUUUCACCAGCUCUACAAGAAAUACCUGCUCCCCCUCAUCGUGGGUGGCCGAGAGGACAGGAAGCACCUGGAGAGGAUGGAGGCGAGUCUCUCGGAGCUGAGUGGCAGCGUGGCACAGACAGUGACUCAGUUACAGAUGACUUUAGCCUCCGUCCAGGAGCUGCUGAUUCAGCAGCAGCAGAAAGUCCAGGAGCUCGCCCACGAACUGGCCUCAGCCAAGGCCACCACAUCCACCAACUGGAUCUUGGAGUCCCAGAAUAUCAAUGAACUCAAGUCGGAAAUUAACUCCUUGAAAGGGCUGCUUUUAAAUCGGAGGCAGUUCCCACCGUCCCCCUCGGCCCCGAAGAUCCCGUCCUGGCAGAUCCCCGUCAAGUCCCCGUCACCCUCCAGCCCCGCGGCCGCCACCCACCACAGCAGCAGUGACAUCUCGCCCGUCAGCAACGAGUCCACGUCGUCCUCGCCCGUGAAGGAGGGCCACAGCCCCGAGGGCUCCACGGCCGCCUACCACCUGCUCGGCCCGCAGGAGGAGGGCCCGGGCCAGGUGAGGAUGGAGGUGCAGGGCGAGGAGGAGAAGAGGGAGGACGAGGACGAGGACGGGAGCCGCGCGGACGCGGAGGACCGCCUGGGGGUGCAGAGGGAGGACCGCCGGGGCGGGGACGGCCAGAUCAACGAGCAGGUGGAGAAGCUGCGACGGCCCGAGGGCGCCAGCAACGAGAACGAGCGGGACUAGGCCCCCCCACCCCCCAGGGCAGCCGUCCUCCUCUGGACACCUUGCCGCUCCUCCCCCUCCCCUUCUCCCAGCCCUGGGAGGGCGGCCUUGGCCUUGAGCGGGCGGGGGCGGGGGGCCCUGAGCCCUGUGCUUGGGGACGAGUUUCCGCGCAGCCGGUCUCCCCCCCCCCCCCAACGCCAGCCCCGGGGGGGGCCCCCACCUCGUCCCCACGCCCCGCUGAGGGUGCAGAUUUUCCGGGCCCAGGCCCCCCUCAGCCCCGCGCCGCAGCCGGGGGUCUCGUCCAGGGCGCGCCUGCUGAGCACCUGGGCUCACCGGACGCCGUGCAUGACAAGAGGUAGUUUCCCUGCCUGGUUCCCGGUCGUCCGCGUGGCGUCUGCCGAUGUCCGGCCGCGGCUCCUUCACCAGCCUCGCGGGGGCCCGGGGUUGGGGGGGCUGCGCUCUCUCUCGGCAAGGGCCUCCCAGGGCCCCAGCCAGCUCUUGUCCAGAGGCUGCGCCCCCGCGCCCCCGUCCACGCCCCGCCGCGCCCGGCGUCCUUCCAGGCAAGUGGCAUCAUCUGCGCUUCUCCCGUCCUCGCUCGCUGCAUUGUGACUCAGCCAACCCCGUGGCGGGACGUGGCUCUCACUCCCACGUAGGAGCCGGGCGUCAGGGCCCCCGCCUGCCCUUCCCCCCUAAAAACACAUGUUCAUCUGUGUGAUCAGGUAUAGGUUUCAGAAUAUAAGAUACUACUGUAUAUAAUUGUAAUAAAUACGAGUUGUCACUAUUUAA